AUGAUGGCCAAACUCCUCUUGAUAUUAAUUGCUUUAACCUCAUGUUACUGUUCAGCACAAGUUGUACAACCACCAUCACCACCGACACACACCACCCCUCCAGCAGCAGCGCCACCGGCAGCCGCCCAAGAGUACCUCGAUGCACACAACCAAGCAAGGGCGGAAGUGGGUGUUGCUCCUCUCAAGUGGAGCCAGCAGCUAGCCAAAACCGCCAGCCUCCAGGUCAGGUACCAAAGGGACAGACAAAACUGCACUUUUGCAAACUUGACCAACAGCAUGUACGGCGGAAACCAGUUGUGGGCCGGUGGUUUGGCCGUGACGCCGCGGGCUGCGGUGGAGACCUGGGUAGCAGAGAAGAAGUUCUAUACUUAUGCAGACAAUUCUUGUUCGCCGGACCACCAGUGCGGCGUUUACACGCAGGUGGUGUGGAAGAAAUCAGAGGAACUGGGGUGUGCUCAGGCUGCAUGUAGUAAAGAACGUGCUAGUUUAACAAUAUGUUUAUAUAAUCCACCUGGAAAUCUGCGCAUCAUCACCGCCGUGGGUGGUUUGGAUCUACAGCAACAACGAUGCAGUCGUCGAUGGGCUCCACUACCCAUCGACAAUCGCGAGAGUCGUCUGCAGCCACAAAGUGAAUGUUGCCGCCGGUGCGAUCUGAGCGUCGAUGUUUUGCUGCAGUUGCGCGUCAUCACCGCCGUGGGUGGUUUGCUGGUGGUUGGUGGUGUCAUUUGCGAUGGUUUUUGGGCAGUGGUGGUGGUAGAAAAUGAGGUACACUGUGGGUGGUUUGCUAGUGGUUGGUUUUCUGAUUAG